AUGAGCAUCAUUGAUCCUUUAGGCAGACGGCAGCUUCGCGCCAGCAAACACUUCGCACCUGGCGCCAGUUUCGGGGAGGUACCUUUACGUGGACCGGAAAACUAUGAUACUCCUCGAAGCAGAGAUAUAUUCAACGCCAGCCGGCGUCUCGAAGCCGGAAUGGCAGCGAUGCCUAAGAAACCAUCUCUAGGCCAAAGAAUUCUCCGAAGCAUAGGAUUGAGCAAGGAGCCGGAGUAUGCGAAGCCAGACACCAGUACAACGGCCUGCAACGGGGUCCAAGGGCACUAUCUAACGCCGGCGAGUCAGCUACUGCACAAUCCAGUACACCGGAAGUUGCCAGAAGAGCAUGUGACAUCGUGGCACAAGACAGAGGAGGCACGUCGAGGAACACCCUCCACGCAUAGCUCCAUCUCAUCACAGCCGCAGUUCAAGGGUCCGGUUCCUAGGCGCCCCCAAAUGUCAGAAACAGAGCGCUUGUCACACACUCUUGAUACAGCAUUCCUGAGUCCGGUGGAAGGCGAAGUGUACAGGAUCAUGCGGACGAUUGGCAGAUGUGCAACAUUCACGCCGUUCACGUCUGCCCAGUCGGAGGACAGAAGACAGCAGAUCAUGCUGGUCCACCAGAGCAAUGUCGAGCCUCUGCGCCGUAUCCAGAGUCUAGCGGACAGCUUAUCAGACAUGGAGAAGCAUGCGAUGCUCCACUCCCUCAGGGAUCUGCUGAUCCCGCAUCUGCUGAACACGCUCAAGGUGCUCCUACUCACCCCUGACGUUCACAUCACAUCGUCUUCGCACUCUGGCAAAGGCUAUUCGCCCGAGAGCACAAUACGACGCCGGACACUGUCCAGACCAAAGUCGUGGGAGUUCUUCUCCGGGCGCAUGAAUGGAUCGCUUGAACAAUUGGAGCAGGCGGACACCUUCUUCUUGUAUGACCAGAACAGUCAUCAGACACCGAUUCAUGAGCCGAAGCCGUCAAUCUUCAAGACAUUUCAGCAGAGAGAAUUUGUACCUGCUGGCACCGCCGACAUAGUCCCUGAAGAAAAGGUGACGCUUCGAUUGCGAGGUGGAGACAGCAGCUCUGGGAGACCUUUGCCAUUUGAACGAAGUGCUCGGGCAUACAUUGGGCAUUUCGUCAAACCAGGACCUCCAGCCCCUUUAGCUGACGAAGAACGUGUCCCUAGGGCCCUUUGGUGGCUCUCUGGAGGAAGGGUCAGUCUCAAAAAGAAAGUACCAACCGCAGGCGAGCUGAGAGCAAGGCGCAAAGCUGAGGUCGAAAAUCGUAAGGAGGUCGGCUUUUUAGGUACUGUCCUGGGCAUACGAGAACACAAGAAGACUCGACCAGCGAAUGAGGCAGGAGAAAUUGAACCUGUUAACGGACCAGACUCACACGACAUCGCGAAUGACGGGCAGCGUAGCAUUGGCGAGCCCGCUAUGGCUGUAGCGGAGGAUACCGCGGCUACGCAAGGUUCUAUCCACGCUCAAAGCAGUGACGAUCAUCCAGAUUCAGCAAUUCCAGGAGCGAGCAUGGUUGAUGGGAGCAUCGAGGUGGAGGAAGACACUGCCCCAGUGGUUGACACCGAGACAAAGCCGAAGGAAGCCACACCUGAAGCUGAUGAAAGUCUAGAAGAGCUUCGAGAAAAGCUGUUGAGACUCAGCUCUGCUAAAGAACCUGGUUCGCUCAGAUCUCUCGCCGAUUCCGCCUCAGUCAAAGGCUCUAUGGUAGUCGAUCAAGGUAAAUUGGAGGAAUUGUCACGCAAAAAUAGCGAUGUGGAGAAAAAGGACAUAGCCGUAGCAUCGGCUGGUCUUUCGACGCCCCUCGGCGAUAAUUUUGCAUCGACUUCGGUAUCGGGAGCGGCUAUAGAGCAGGCCGAAGAGGCAGAAGCUGGACCACAGCCGUUACAAGCCGAUGCUGGGAAAGCUGUGACUUCCGGCGUUAUCAGUCCUGCAAAGAGUGGUACAUCAUCCCCAGCACAUGGGUUUGCGCUUGAUCAGGCGGAAUUCGAUGGCAAGACAGAGCACGAAAAGGCCGUUGAAGAUCGGGAGGCAGCUGAACAAGCCGAGCUCUCGGCCGCGAAACUUGCGACAAAGGAAGCUGAGCCAUUGAUAUAG